ACUUACUCUAUGGAGGAUUCGGAUAAUAUGUUGAAACCACGUAGACGCGCUUGACGUUAACUGCUGCUGGAAGGAUAUUUUGUUUUUAUCCGUGAGCGUGUGGUGGAGGUAGGGUCUAGCGCCAGGGGAGAGGCGAAGCGGCCGAGAUGUCUGACGAGGAGCUGGAAGACAUGGGCGAGGAAGAGGAAGAGGAUGACGAAGAGGCGGCGAAGGAGCAGGAGGAGGAGGAGAAGGUGGAGGACGAGGAGGCGGCCAAGAAGGAAGAGGAGGUGGAGGACGAAGAGCUGGAAGCGGGGGAACCGGGGGUGGGACAAGAGGCGGCGGAGGUGGAGGAGCAGCGCGCGCUGACCCUGGAGGAGGCCAAGGACGGGCUCGCGAACCUGGGGCGCGCGGCCUCGGGUCUGCAGCACGCCUACCUCCUGGCCAAGGUCAGCGACCUGCGGCUCACCGACGUGUCGGCGCUGCAGGUCUUCCGCCACCUGCUGUUCGUCGACGUGAGCGGCAACCUGCUGCGCGACGACGCCUUCCAGGUGCUGGCGAAGAUGGCGCAGCUGCUGAGCAUCCAGGCGGCGGGGAACCGCCUGACGAGCCCCUACCUGCCGCCCAUGGGCCUCCUCCAGGUGCUGGCAGUCAGCGACAACCCCCUGACCUCGGCGGCUGGAGUGGAGCACCCGCUGCUGGAGUGCCUGGAGCUGAGCCGCUGCGGCCUCCAGGAGCUUUCCGGCCUGGAGGCGGACAGCCUGCCGCGCCUCAGGACCCUGGAGCUGCGUGGCAACUCGCUGGCCUCCGUCUCCGGCCUGCGCCUGGAGGCUCUGGAGGGCCUGUACCUGGCGGCCAACUCCAUCGCGCGGCUGGAGGGGCUGGAGGCGCUGCCCAGCCUCCAGGUGCUGCACCUGCGUGACAACCCGCUGACCUCGCUGGACGGACUGCCCGCCUCCCUGGCGGCGCUGCGCUACCUCAACGUGCGCGGCUGCCGGCUGGCCGCGGCCAGAGAGACACGCAAGCUGGCGGCGCUGCCCGCGCUCCAGGUGCUGGUGGUGGCCGGCAACCCCUUCGCCGGCGGGGAGGAAGAAGAGGAAGAGGAGGACUACCGACUGGAGGUGCUGGCCUUCCUGCCACGCCUCAGGAGGCUGGACAAGGUGGCAGUGGACGAAGAGGAACUGGAGCAGGCUCGAGAACUGCGCGCUGAGCUGGAGGAGGCGGACCAGGAGGAGGCGGACCAGGAGGCCGAGUCUCAGGCGGAUGACGUCGGCGAUGGCGACGACGAUGGCGACGAGUCACCGUAGCUGUAUCUGUCCUCUUCUGCAUCUCCAGACACUCGUGGUUCUUUAACGAUAUAUACAAAAUGAAGCCAAUAGUAUAUAGGUUGGCAUGUAGAGGUGGUGGGACCAAACUUGAACUCAACUCAUGACAUGGAGCGAAAUAGCCUAUCAAUGUAGUCCAUUUUUAUAUCCCAAAACUAGCAUUGUUUUUUUUUACUAUAUUGGUGCAAUCUCAUCUGUAGGAGUGUGUGUAGAAUUGUAAUUUUUCUAAAUCAAAAAUAAAAUAAUUAAUGGAU